ACCACCACCAUCAUCCUCAUCAUCAUCACCAGUGCAGGUCAUGUGCUGCGUCGGGAGCGGGCGGUGGGUGUGUCCAAUCGCGUGUGGUUUCAUUCAUAACUCCAGUCUUUAUUCGGAGCUCAGAUUAAAGUAUGCAGCCGGGGCAGGCUGCCUGCGCGCCGCUUCACACGGACUCCACAGCCCGACUUGAGAGCAGACGACGCAGAGAUGAGGGACCGCGCUGAUCGGAGGGUUUGCGGAGAAGAGGCGAAGAUGCUGCUGCCGCCGCUGGAGCUGCCGCUGCCGCUGAGCGCCGCCGCCGGCUGCCGCGCGUCGCUGUAGUCAGUCCUGCACAAAGCGGGGGGGAACAGCUGCUUCAACAUAGACCGGUUCACUCACGCUGACCUGGACCAUGAGCAAUGAUUUGCCUCUUCUGACAAGUCUGACUGAGAACUCCACAGAGGUGCCUGUGUCAGCAGGCCAGGUGGAGAACUAUGUGCUGCUGCUGGUGCUGCUGAGUGUUUUUGCCGGGGGGACGCUGGUCCUGCUCUCCCUGCUGCUCCUCUUCUGUCACCACUGCUGCAUGGGCGGACGGCGCUACUCCAGAGCCAGCGAUGACCCUGAGAAGACAAACACCACUUAUGCUGAGGAUUCUCAGCCCACCCAAGAGAUCACCAUUCGUCUGGAUGAAUCAGAUGCUCUCUCAGCUUCCAGCUGCCAUGAGGGAGAGUCAGAGCGAUUCGUCUCCACUGGGUCGACUGGUCGCAGAGUCUCCUUCAAUGAGUCUGCUCUUUACGAACAGGAGAAGACGACACAGGAAAAAGGACGCAGGUACACUCUCACUGAGGGAGACUUCCACCACCUGAAAAAGGCCCGACUGACCCACCUUCACCUGCCGCCGGCCCCGUGUGACCUAAAGAUCCUCACCAUCAUGGAGUGUGACUCAGCGGACAGCAGCACGGUCAACAUCAGUGAGACCGCAGCUCAGAAACUGCCCCUCACCAUCUACCAGCCUGCUGAGAGAAGAGUCCCCGACUGGCUGAGACAGAGCCUGAGUGGAGGGCUGCCAGGAGACCCUCACCACUCCAUCGUCCUGGAGCAGGGGCUCAGGCAGACCUCAUCGGCCAUGAAACCACAGCACACACGGUCCCAGACAAUGGAGGCUAUCGGCGACAGGGUAGAGGCUGAGAGCGAAGGGAGUAUGAGAGGAGAGCUGAUUCAAGCUCAGGGCCAGACUUCAGUUCUACAUUUCUUCUCUAAACUGCGGCGCCACGCUAGUCUGGAGGGGGCGGGGCCUUUCUUCAGGAGAUGGAAGUUCGACAGCAGCCACCGCGCUGCCAGUCUGGAUGCCAAAGGUUCGCCCAAGAGAAGGCCCGUCCAGAGACAGAGAGCAGCCAGUGAAACCACCGAUCACACCGAAGAUGAGUCUAUAUCUCUCCAAGAUGAGGUCAUGGAAUCCUUUCCACACACUCCCGUCCAGACCAGCGAGCUCCAGUCCCUCUCUGCAGAGUCUCUGUCUCACCACACUACUACACCCCCCUCUUCAGUCUUCCUCAGCAGGCUAAACCUGGAGGCCAUGCUGGAGGUAGGUAGAGGCAGCAGCACCAGGAGAGAGGAAACCUGUUUGCAAGCAGACGACUGUCAUGCUAAGAGACAUGACGAGGCCACAACCAACGGGACAGGAGUGGAAACUGAAACAAAACUAGGUGCGGUUGUAAGAACAGAAGCCGUGGGAGUCAAGCUGGAAUCGAAGGAGUAUGACGACUUUUUUGGGGCUCAACAAGAAUCUGCCGACAGGUUUGAAGACAUGUUGAAGAAAACGAAUGGUGCAAAGACAGAGGGCGUGGCAGCAGAUGUGAGGAGAAAGAAUGAGGCGGACGUAGACGACGGAGAAGACGUGGUGUGGGGAGCUGAGGCCCGGCGAAGGGAUGACUCCGGGUCGUCUCUUUCCUUCAUGAUUCGCCAGGAGAGCUUGGAGGCCCCUCCCUCGCUGUACAGAGACAUUUGGAGCUUGCGGGCCUCCCUAGAGCAAUACGCCUCCUCGGACCAGAGCAGCACAGAUCGGGAGUCCAUCCGCAGUGAUGCCGAUAGCGUCUCAUCCUUUGGUGGUGCGGGAGCUCGCUCCGGCCUGGACAGCUACUUGUCCCAGGAUCUGGAUGAUGACCCUGACGGAGAAGGGGAGGGAGAGGUCAUGGAGGGAGGAAUCAGAGGAGCGUCAGGGGGCGACAGUGAGAUGGGAAGUGGAGCUGGAGGAGAGGGGGAGGCGGGUAACAGGAAGCUCCUUCAGAUGGACAGUGGCUACGCCUCUAUUGAAGCACCAUCCAGGGCCCCUGAGGAGAUGCGGCUUUUUGGGACUCCAGGAUCCCAGAGAGGAAAGACAGCAUCGGAGAGAAGGUUGUUCUUCACCAACUCUGGAAGAAAAGGUUCAGUGUGCGAGAGCAUCGAGUCCAAACUGUUUCAGGAGGAGCUGGAGGACGAGAUGGCCGAUGGCACAGAGAAACUAAAGGAGAGAGCUCACACCUGCAGCCAGUCUCUUACCCUUCAAGAACCAUAUCAACUUCUGAAAUCCCUUCAUCCUCAGAAACCUCCAGUGUCACAAUCACAGCUCAUAACUCCCCUGAUGAAGCAAAUCCCACCGCCCCCUAGUCCUCACAGACCUCGCCUCCGCCGCCGCGACUACAGCAUUGACGAGAAGACGGAUGCACUUUUCAAUGAGUUCCUGCGACACGACCCCCGGUUCGACCAGCAGGAAUCUCCGCCGCGUUCCAGGCACCGCUCCAGAGUUCACCUUCGGAAACAGUGGCAGAGACACAAGCAAUACAGCGACCCAGGGUCAUGCACCGGGGGUAGGUACUCCCCUUCUUUAGAGAGGCAGAGGUUUACUCCGCUGAGAAGGGGUGACAGCGCCGGAUACCCUCUGGACACCAGAUAUCACAGCACACUCUCACGCAUCGCAAGUGCUGCCGACGAAGAAGCCAGCGAGGUUGGAGAUUGCGAGGAGGCAGCCAUCGAGAGUGGGGAGAACAAAGAUCCAUCGAGUGAUGGAGUUGCAGCCAACAAAACAUCUGAAGGCACAGAUGCAAAAAGGAGCAGCUCUACUUGCGCAGGGUCGGCUGGAGAAGGCAACGGCUGCCAGGUCACCGCAAACAAGGACUCGGAAAGCACAGGCAGCCAGUCUUUGAGUACUGGGACUGCACAAACAAGCUACAUGGAUCCAAGAUGCGACAACAGGAACAACAACGGUAGUCAAGCUAUCCUGUUGGAGGUCUCCCUGCAGGAGGAAGGCAGUCUGUCUGACAAGCUGGCAGAAUCAGUGGAGGAGAGGCUCUACGGCGGCCUGCGCACUGCAGAGAAACUCAGCCAGGGAGGAUCGCAGCGCGUGCUGACCGUGUCCCGCACGUCCUCACCUGGCUUCAGUCCCAUAUAACCUGCCAACACCGCCAUCUUCCUCAUCAACUUUAUAUCAGAUCCAUUGUGUUGACCACAGACUGAAAACAAAGUGGACAGCAACUCAAACAUCAUGUGUUAGAUACUGGGUCAUUAUCAUUUUCCUUUACAUUGGGACGAUUCAUUAAAUUAAAUAUGGUCUGAAAACUGACGCAUUACCACACACACAGACAGACACACACAACUUUGUACUUCUAUCUUAUUGAGGACAUUCAUUGGCAUAAUGCAUUCCCUAACCCCUCCCCCUAACCCUGAUCCUAACCCCUACACUAACCUGAAGCUAAUUCUAACCCUAAGAAGAAGUCUUAACCUACUGGGUCAUAAAGUGAGGACUGGCCAAAUUGUCCUCACUUUCCCAAUAUCUAAAGGUCAAGCUCAAAAGUAGUCCUCACAAAGAUAUGUGUACAAGUAAACACACACAAACACACACAUAUACAGUAUAUAUACAUAUAUAUAUAUAUAUUUUAAGACAGAAGUACUUUCUCAAAGGCCAGUCUCUUCCAAUGAUUCCACUCAGACCUUAAUUUCCACUGUGACAUGUGAUGCCCCUUUUUAUUGGUAACCGCUCCUCAGAUCAAAUGCAUCCUUCAUUACAUAGAUUGGAAAAUAAAGACCCAUCUUUAGAAAAAGUUAAUAUUUUCAGACUUAACUGUGAAUUUCCAGCAUGCUACUGUAUGUCCAAACAAUGUGUAUGUGUAUACUGUACAGUUUGAACUUGAAAACAAAUAGCACUUUGAUGGGAAGAAAGAUAAUGAUUGCUUUUCUGUCACCCAUUUCUUUCAUUUUUAAACUAUAUCCUCCUCAAGUGUCCUUCUCGUCCCAGUCACCAUGCGGGUGUGCGUGUAAGAGCUCCUGUGUCGGCUAAUGGAAGAACAAUUCUGACCACGUGGAAACAGAAAAAGACUUUACUCUUAAUGGUUUUGUGUUUGCAGCCUUCUCCCUCACCAGGAUCAGCAGAUCUGGAGAUCACACGCUAUAUCAUAAAAGUAAAAACAGAUGGGAAACCCAGAUUAUAACGCCAACACAGCACUUGAGAAUACAUGUAUCGAGCAUUUUUGUCAUCAAAUCGAAUCUGUUUUGUCAUUAGUCAUCUGUCCCUGUUAUGCAUCCUGGAGUGUGGUGUCACUGCUGGGCCUCUGCUGAUGUGGGGGAGACUGACAGAUGAUACUUUAAGUGACUGAUACCGGAGCCUCUCAGGCUUUUUACACAGUUGGUCCAGUGACGCAGAAGCUGAGGUCGAAACGGAAACGCAGUGGCGUCGUCUGCUCCUGAAUCCCGGCAGAAUGGAAAAUACUUGCUCUGUAUUACUCAACAAAAUAUAAGUCUGGUGAUAUAUUUGUUUUGUCAUGGUCAGCGAAUCCCAUGAAAUGACACAAACCAACAAUGAACAGUCUAGUAUCACUUAUUAGAGGUUGAUUGUUGUUUCAAAUGAAUAAAUGAUUAAAUAAAUGAAAUGAGCCACAGUGCUUCACUUUCAUGAACAUCCACUGGAACAUGAAAUGUGUAUCAAUCCACAGCUGAAAAUAGUCCCCCCCCCCCAAAUGGACUACUUUGCUAAAAUGUCCAGUAUCCAUGUGUUUUAGGAAACGCUUGUGUCCUGUUUUUAAAUCUUCAGUAGGAAUCAAUAGGUUUAAGGCUAAGAACAAUGGACGGGGUAUACAAGUGAAUAGAUAUUGUUGGUUUUUGUCUUUUCAUAGAAAACAGGUUAUUUCAUUUUCAAAUAUGAAGUUGUACUCUUCACAUAUCAGGAUCAAAUCUGGAGUAGAGCAACAACGAAGAUUAUUAUUACUAUCGAUGCAUUUUUCUUGUUUUAAUCUUAAAUUGGUCAAAAAUGCCCAUCAUAAGAGCAGGGACUUUAUAUUUCUUUGACAAAAAAAAUGAACAAAUACAUUUCUGUAUAUAUUUGUUAAUGUUUUUGUUGUAAGCUCAGAUCCACAUCUCAUCUAGCUCAGGAUGGAGUUUCCUCACAGUGAAGAAACUCCAUCUUCGGAGCUGAGAUGUGGCUGUGAAUUUAGAGUAGACUAAUAUGGGUCAAAUCUGAUAAGAGAUUCAAGAUGGACAUUUUCAGGUAAAAUUUUAAGUGAUUCUUAUGUUUCACUUAUUUUGUUUUACCCAACGUCCUAAACUUUAAACUCUUUAGAGGAAAAGCAGAAAAUCCUCGCACCGAAAAACCCGCAACCAAAGAGUUUUCAAUUGACUUCAUCAAAAUUAGGAAAACUGCUGCAGAGAAUGAUUUUGUAAAUUAACUAAUAGUUUAAUUUAUUGUUUUGCGGCUGAUCUCUUCUGGAGAUGACUCAUAUUUUUGAAUCAUUUUUUAAGUGUCAUUACAUUUCAGAGACUGAACGUCUUCCUUUCCUCUGUCUCUUCCAGUGUGGAUGUGAAGUUUACAUUGAUGUUGAAUGAGGUGAAGAAUGUCACCUGGGAAACUGUGACAGCCGAUUGUUGCAGGUUUUUGUUUUCCUCCACAGCCUGGUUUAAGAUGCAGUUCAUGUAUUUGAUCAAACUCAUGUCUUUGUCUUAUUCAUGGUGCGCCAUCUGCUUUAUUAUAAAACAAGCCGUGCAGAAACAAAAUGUCUUGCAGCUUUGUUGACGGUGGGAGUGGGGGGGACGACUACCAUAUUAUGUUGACGUAAUGUGAUUCAUAGAACCUGUUGUAAUGUGCAGAACUUUAAAAAACACUUCCUAAGAA